GCCGAUGGCUGUUGGGUUGUUGUUUGCUCUGCUGUUGUGGCCGUUGAAGGGGCCAUGUUGCUUGCAGUAUGUUAAGCUGAUAUGGGUACAUAUUAUGGUGUGACCAGCUGUUUUGAAAGAUUAGACUUCUAGGGCCGUUCUUGUUAUGCCCUGUGGGAGCAGGUAUUUCCGCUUGGGGUGGCCGUUGAAUGGCUGGCCGUUAUGGAUGCUGAUUACUGGUACGUUGGCGAUGGACUGGCACUGAUGGAAGUGGGCCUGACCCAUCUUCUGAACCGGUGGCAGCCCAAUAGGCCUUAGGAGUGGUUGUCGUUCGUGUGGCCAAUGGGGGAGUGCCACGUGUAGUGACCGUUGGGGGGAAGUCUAUAAAUACCCCCCCUCCAACCGAAGGGACUCGCUAUUGCUUUCCGAGAUAAAGAAGUGUUGCCCAAUUCUAGAGAGAGGGAGAGAGCUUGUUUGAGUGUUCUUCAAAACUUCAAACAUUUAAAGGUCAGUUCAUCACACUUUUCUCCUCCUUUUAUAUACUUUUCUUCCCUAGGGCCUUGAUCUAGUGUUAGUGGAAAAUCGCCCUUAGAUCCAAAGUAAUCCCCUCUAGGCCUUAGUUAGUCAUUAUGAUGAAACCUUUGGACGAUGAGUACUAUCCAUAUGACGAUGAGGCAUCCGUCAAGUCCCUGGACUACGGAAUAGUUGAGGAAUGUUGUGAGGAGAUAGAAGAGCUGAGCUCCUUCAAGUCAGGGGAGCAAGAGGGUGAGGAGGACCAGGACGAGGAGGCCGCCUCGUCGUCUGAAGGUUAGGACGUAGGGGUUUCCCGCGCCAUGGACGGAGCGUCUACUUCAGCCACAAUUCCCUACCCAAAGCCUGUUUUUGCUGUUAAGGGGACCGCCCCAACGAGAAGGCGCUGGCCAAAGAAGGGUCCAGGUUUCUCCUACCUGGAACUCACGAACUUCUACCUCAUCAAGCCGGAGAGUAGCGCGGCUGAUUACUUGGGUGCCCAGGCCGACGGAUCAUGUGCUUCAACCUCCGGCCGGGUAUUUCGGGGUGUACCCGAUGAGUUUUGCUAAAGGACUUCGGUUCCCGCUUCAUCCAUUCAUCACGAAGUACCUAGAUAUGGUGGGUCUUCCUCCGGCCUUGCUGACCUCGAACAGCUAUUCACUUAUCGUCGGCUUCCUCCUUCGCUGUGAUGAGCUAGACUUUAGGCCGACAACAGCUCUGUUCAUGAAUUUGUACCAGAUAGGCUGAGGGAGCCAUAAGAAUUGUGCCUGUUACGCCACCCUCCAGCAGAUAAAGAACAAGAGCUCCUUCACCGAUCUUCCUUCGUCAAUUCAUGGCUAGAAGAGUAAGUUUGUUUUUGUGUCCUUGGGCGAGGGUGGCACCGAAAUUCCCUCCAUCGGCCAUAACGGGAGAUUUAACCUCCAUGACGUGCCAAAGAGAAGCAUUUUAGAUGCCCAGGUGACGACAUUCUUGAAGGGAGGGUCGAGGAGUGUGAAGGACUAUAUCACGGAGUAUAAAAUGACCUCCAUCGGCUUUAUGAGGUACUUUGUGUACGGGGAUAAGGAGAGCGAUACCGAGAUAUGGCCGAGGAUGACAACCACUUUUGAGGAGGCCGAUGGCCUGGAUUUGGGCAUGCCCGCCGAAGCUGAUGGUAAUGCUCUCCUCGGCGUCCUUGUCUUAUUUUUGUUUCCUCUCCUUGCUAACUGUUUUUUUAUGUAGAUUUUGUGAUGGACCGCAGCUCCGUCAUAGCCUUAGCUAAGGCAAAGGCGCGCGAGGAGAUGGCUGCCAAGGAGGCCACAAGGUUGGCCGCUACGGGUGAAGCACAGCUGAGCUCGGGUGUGCCGAUGAAACCGCCAACUCAGCCGAAGAAAAAGCGGCCAGUGGAUGACGGUCAGAAGAGGCUGACCAAGGCUGGUAUGCAGCCUUCCAAGAAGUCGAUGAGGGCUUCUCCUUCGACCGAAGGUGAUGCCGGGGCUUCGACUGUACCGGCCGAAGAUGUUGGGGGUUCUAAUGCCGUCGUUGUUGUCGACAUGGUUUCUGCCCCUUCGUCAACUGCUAUGUCCCAGCCACCCCCUAUCGUCCAGGACUCCAGGAAGAAGAGGGCCGAGAAGGAGCUGGCCGUCAGGAACAAUAAGCUGAAGGCCGAGUACCCUGUAAAGGGUGGCGUCUUCAAUGAUGCUGUUGACGGCCAUGAUGUGCUUGCACAAGCCGUCCCGAUCGAGGACCGGGCCUAUCUGAAGAAGCUUGGCCCCGUCAGGAUUUAUGAUGGUGGGAUGGACUUUGUCGUCCAAGUAAGAUCUUUGUACUUUACUAUUUCUUUCUUUCUUGUCAUCAUGAGUGUCUGCAUCAUCCUAACCCUUUAUUUUUUGCAGGGGGCUCUUAUGCUGAAGGAGAGCCAUGAGAAGCAGCAACGAGAUCCAUGGCCUGCCUGGAUCGGCUCCGGGACGAAGUGGGGACCCUGAAGAAGAGGGUCGAUGAGGCUGACGCAGCCUACCGUCAAGUGAUGGCCGAUAGGGAUGAUGCCCUGAGGGAAAAAGAGGAGGCGCUGAAGGGCCGUGAAGAAGUCCUGCGUCGUGCCGAGGAAGCCGCGAAGGCCAGAGCUGAGGGCGAGAAGGCUGCUGAGAAGGCCGCUGAUGCUGCGGUUGAAAAAUUCCUAGCCGAAGGCUGGAAGGCGGAAGAUCAUCGGCCCUGAUGUUACGAGGUUGUGACAGCCCGGCUAGAAGACUGGGCCAGAACUGCCCUGCCGGCCAGGAUUACUUACAGAGGGAGAUGUCGGUCUACUAUGACAUGGGCUAGCAGCGGAUGCAGUGGCUGAUCAACCGGGGGCUGCAUUGUGGCCUUAAAGUGCUGAAGCUUACCCGGUGUUGAGGUUAAUUCGCCGCAGCCCGAAAGUUCAACACCUCUUCCAGGAGGGUUUCAUGGUUAUGGGGUGAUAAUAAAAUAUAAACAAUGAUUUUUACGUGGAAACCCGGAAAAGGAGAAAACCACGGGACUGUUUAGGCUAAUGUCCAAGCCCGCUCCUUUUAUUAAUACUCUCCUCCCCAUUUCAUAAUACAAUAUUGAAGCUCCGUUAAUGGAGUAUAAAGCUAGCUAGGGAGAAGGGGGAAGAAAGAGGGAUUCUUAAUAAGGAGGGGAAUCCUCCUAUUUAUAGAGGAAAGGGGGAGGGGUGCUCUGCCCUAACGGGCCGAGUGGGCCGAAACGGGCCUCUUGGGCCUAGGUGGGCCGAAUGGGAAGAAAUGGGCCCUUAGGCCGAAACAGACCUGAUAGCUAAAAUGGGCCUUACUGAUUGGACCCCGUGCUACGUAAAUUCUUGGGCUUCUGAACAGUAUUAGGCCGGGAUGAUAUAUCCCAACACAAGUCCCCCAGUUUCUUGAGUAGUGAGCGUGCGAAUCUGCUCGAGAAAAUAUACUCUUGCAUGCGCUCUUCUUCUGUCUUGCUGGAAACUGUGCCUUCGAAUGAUCAUAAUAUAUGAGUGGGUGUAUGCCCCUCUGAAUAUAACCUGCUGGUGAGGCGCUCCCCUCCCGUCGGGGUCGGACAAUGGAUGAUCUUCCCCAGACACUCUCCCUCUGAAUGCACCAGAUGGGAGUAGAGGACUCUGACUCGAGCUUCCCAAUGGAGAAGCUUAGAGGUCCCUGCACAAUAUAAGCUGACGACACGGAACUGGCUCGAUAUGAUGUACAUGUAUGUAUGGAUGUAUGAGAGAUGAUGCAUGAAUGUAUGAAUGCAUGUGAUGUAUGAGUGCCAUGUAUGAGAGAGGGCAUGUAAGAUGUGAUACAAGGCGGUGAAUGUCAUCGGUAAACCGUGCACGACGGCGCUGAGGGGCCGAGCGUAUGGUCUUACUUUGCCAUGGUGUGGUCUUACUUUGUCAUGGUGUGGUCUUACUUUGCCAUGGUGUGGUCUUACGUCGAACAAGAACCGGACACGAAUGGCGUUGAGGGGCCGUUCGUGCUGCAUAAGACGUUCGUCGCCACCCUGGAAGGUAUGGACGAGCUAAACGUGAACUAGACACGAUGGCGCUGAGGGGUCGAUCGUGCUGCAUAAGAGGGUGUCGCCAUCCUGGAAGGGAUGUACGAGCCGACCGUGAACUAGACACGAUGGUGCUGAGGGGCCGAUCGUGCUGCAUAAGACGGUCGUUGCCACGGUGUGGUCUUACGUCGAAUGUGAACUAGACACGAUGGCGCUCAGGGGCUGAUCGUGCUGUGUAAGACGUCCGUCGCCAUCCUGGAAGGGAUGUACGAGCCGCACAUGGACACGAUCCGCACUGUAGGGUUGAUCGUACUGCGUAAGAUGUCCGUCACCAUCCUGGAAAGGAUAUACGAGCCGCACAUGGACACGAUCGGCACUGUAGGGCCGAUCGUGUUGCGUAAGACGUCCGUCGCCAUCCUGGAAGGGAUGUACGAGCCGCAUAUGGACACAAUCGGCACUGCAGGGCCGAUUGUGCUGCGUAAGACGUCCGUCACCAUCCUGGAAGGGAUGUACGAGCCGCACAUGAUCCGAACACGAUCGACACUGCAGGGCCGAUCGUGCUGCGUAAGACAUCCGUCACCAUCCUGAAAGGAAUGUACGAGUCGCACAUGAACCGGACACGAUCGGCACUUCAGGGCCGAUCGUGCUGCGUAAGGCGUCCGUCGCCAUCCUGGAAGGGAUGUACGAGCCGCACGUGAUCUGGGCACGAUGGCGGUGAGGGGCCGAUCGUGCUGCAUAAAACGGUGGUCGCCAUCCUGGAAGGAAUGGACGAGCCGAUCGUGAACUGGAUACGAUGGCGCUGAGGGGCCAAUCGUAUUGCAUAAGACGGAGUCCCCAUCUGCUUGUCGUAACCGCCCAUUCUCUCUCUCUUUGGGACUUCAAGGGUGGGGAUGCUCAUCUCCAAGCCCUCGACCUCUAGAGUUGAAAUGCUCGUCUCCGGGCCCUUGGGUCCUCUGGAAUGGAAAUGCUCGUUCUCCAAGCUCUGGGGUCCUCUGGAAUGGAAAAUGCUCGUCUCCAGGCCCCCAGGUCCUCUGGAUAGACCUUAGGGGUGAAGAUGUUCCACAACCCUUAUCUACUACUCCCUCCGUCCCAAAAACAACUUCCCACUUUCCUUAAAUAGAUGUCCCAAAAUUAACUUCACACUUCUUCCCACUUUCUUAUUUCGCAAAUUAUCAACAUCAAAACAGUGACAAACAGUGUUAAACAAGGUCCAAACAGUCCUAAACAGUGUCGAAACAGUGUCAAAACAGUAAAAUUUUGGGAAAGUCAAGCCAAAAUUUUAAUCUACCAAAAUGUGUGUGCUAGUCAAACUGAGAAGUUGUUUUUGGGACGGAGGGAGUAUUAUCUUUUUUUUAAUAAUAAUUUUUUUGAGGGGUCUUUGAAUAUGACGAUGGCACCGUACUAAGGGGUCAGUGGCCAUGAAUGAUGUCGGCGCUGGGAGCCGAUCUGAAAAAAUAAAUCAACGGUCCUCAUCCGCGAGGAGCGGGGACAAAGUCGGUCUUCUAAUAUGAUGAUGGCACCGUACCAGGGGGUCGGUAGCCAUGAAUGAUGUCGGCGCUGGGAGCCGAUCUGAAAGAAUAAAUCACGGUCCUUAUCCGCGAGGAGCGAGGAGAAGGCUGGUCUUCAAAUAUAAUGAUGGCACCGUACCAGGGGGCCGGUGGCCAUGAAUGAUGUCAGCGCUGGGAGCCGAUCUGAAAGAAUAAAUCAACGGUCCUCAUCCGCGAGGAGCGGGGACAAGGACGGUCUUCAAAUAUGAUGAUGGCACCGUACCAGGGGGUCGGUGGCCAUGAAUGAUGUCGGCGUUGGGAGCCGAUCUGAAAGAAUAAAAUAACCGGUCCUCAUCCGUGAGGAGCGGGGACGAGGUCGAUCCUUAAGCAUGAUAAUGGCACCGUACCGGCGGGUCAGUGGCCAUGAAAUGAAGUCGGCGCUGGGAGCCCAUCUGAAAUAAUCAACGAUCCUCAUCCGCGAGGAGCGGGGACGAGGCCGGGGGGUCUUGAAAUAUGAUAAUGGCACCGUACCGGGGGGUCGGUGACCAUGAAAUGAUGUCGGCGCUGGGAGCCGAUCUGAAAUAAUCAACGGUCCUCAUCCGCGAGGAGCGGGGAUGAGGCCGGACUUCAACUAUGAUGAUGGCACCGUACCAGGGGAUCGGUGGCCAUGAGGGUGUCAGCCUGGGGCCGAUCAGAAAGAAACCAAGCAACGAUCCUUG